UGUAAAAUAAUUUUCUAUACUACGAAUUUAUUAUCUUUAAUCUCUUCUCCUUCAUUUAUUGAGUAAAAGCAGUUAAAAAACAACAUUUUAUACUAUCAAAUAUGGAUGAAAAUCUAAUCAAGGAAAUACACUAUUUAACGCGUUUAAUAGAAAAUCAUAAGAAAAAAUUGCCAGAUAAGUCACAUUGUGUCGAAAAACCUAUCAUAAAUCAGACUUUGAAUUCUGUAAAAUCUGGGAUGUGUAUAAAUUUGCUUCAGAAAUCUCAACAAUUGUCAAAAACAUCUACUAUAACAUGUAACAUGUUGACAAGUACUAAUGUAUAUAUUAAUCCAAACUUUAAACACCAAAAUUCUGCAAUAUAUAUUAAUCCAAAAUUACGUAAGAAAUCUUUGGUACAUGUUAAUCCAAAAAUGAUGAAAAAUGUUAUCAGUUCUAAUGAAGAUAAUCAAAGUAAUUCUUUAAAUAUAACAAAUACAAAUUCUAUUCAAAAAUCAGUGCAUGUUAAUCCAAAAUUAAUGAAAAAAUUGUCUUCCUCUGUACAAUCUAAACCGGCAGAGCAUAAAGAAAUAAUUGUACAAAAUAUUACUUAUCCUACUUGUUCAAGAUUAAAACUUGUUAAAAGAAUAAAUUCUCCAAAGGUUAUUCAUAAUCAAAAGAAAGUAAAUAAUUCCAGUAUUGUAGCUUUAUCAGAAAGAAAACUUUUACGUGUAAAACGUGGAUUAAGAAAAUCCUUUAGUACUUCUCAAGUUGAACUUUAUAAAAUUAAAAGAUCUUCAAAUUCUCUAGUAAAAAAUAUGAAACCUAUACCUCAAAAGUUUAUGAAAACAAAGAUAAUAAAUUCUUUGCAACAGUCAAUUAAUAGAAAUAAUAUUGUAAAAUCACCAGUUAUAAAACCAAAAAUAAACAAAUACAGAAUAGAUCGAACUGUAUCAAAAACAACAAAUACUAGAGAACAUAUAAAUCUUGUUCAGAAAAAAACUAUAAAAACGAGUAAUAAAUCUUAAAGACAAAUUUAUCAUAGCUACUAAUGGAAAAAAAUUAUGUAGAGUAAAAUCUUUAAAAGAAACUUCAGGCAAUUCAAGUACAAAGAUAUUAAAUACAACAAAUGUAAAUAAAUCUUCAUUUAAUAUGUCGCAAAAAAUAAAUUAUAAAAAUAAUAUAAGCAAUAAAGUCAAACAAAAAAGUAUACAAAUAUUACGAAACAAAAUGCAAAAAAAUAACCAACCGUGUUUGAUAUUCCAAAAAUUUGGAUAUUGUUCAAAUCAUGAAAAAGGAAUUUGUGUAAAACUUCAUGAUAAAAAACAAAUUUCUUUGUGUAAGAAAUUUCUUCAAGGAAAUUGUUUAUUGGAUAAAUGUCCGUUAUCUCAUGAUGUUGGUCCAGAAAAAAUGCCAACUUGCAAGUACUUUUUAGAAGGUUGCUGUACCCGAGAUGCUUGUCCUUAUCGUCACAUCAAAGUUUCUUCCAGUACUCCAAUUUGUAUAGAUUUCUUACAAGGAUACUGUGCCAAAGGUAGUGAGACAAUAUUUCAAAAGACCUGGAAGUUUCUUCUUUUACAGUGUAAGCAACGUCAUGAAAAUCUAUGUCCCGAGUUUGAGAAGACAAAAAAAUGCAGUAGAGGUAAGCAUUGUCCUUAUCCACAUAAAACACAAUCCUCUUCUAAGAAACAAAGCCAUUUAAAAAGAAAGUACAGUACACAUUGCAAUCAAACAGUAACUCCUGUUACAAAAAAUACUUCAUCUUUUAAUACUGAAAACAGGCUUAGAUAUUAUGAACAAACAGAUGUUCUAAAUAAAUCUCUUGAUAAAAAAAGAGAAAAUAUUAUAAAAAAAAUUAAACUUAUGAAAAAUAUAGAAUCUGCAAUUCAUUCUUCAAUCUGCAAUACAUCAGUUGAAAUAUGUGAUAAUACAAAUUCAGAAACAAAUGAAAAUAGUAAUAAAUCAGAAAUUAUUUCUGAUUCAAAAAUAUUAAGACGUCCUCCAAUUGGUGUUCUACCUGCUUAUAUACCUAUUGAUUAA